UGUUUGUUGAGAAAAUAAAGAAGCUGAUACUUCAUUGCAAUUAAAGCUCGAGAAACGAUGAGUUGCAACAUAACCUAAUUACUGAAUUAUUACCACAAUUCAACUGCAGAACACUACAAAAUCCUCCCAUGAUCGUGUCCCUCAUGCAAAUCUAUCAUCACAGACGCAAAUAUUAUGAUUUUACACGAGAAUUCUGCAGGCGGUGUCUAAAGAAUUGGAUCUGAACAAAUAAAUAAAAAUCGCCACUCAGGUGACAUGAUUGCCAUCUCCAGCCUCAGUAAACAGUAGCCAGGCUGCUUAAAGGGGCCUCGACAAAUGCGACGCCCCCAGUGUCUGUGCGUAAGUCGGUGUUUCCAGCGCUCCAGUUGCGCGGGGUCGCAUCCAGAUGUGUGUGUUUUUCUUUACGGUGCAGCGAGUACGUCGUGGAGCCUCUGAACCAAUCACUACCGCCCGGGGGGGCGGGUCGUGUGUGGACUGUUGUGGAUAUGGAAAAUGGACAAUUUAACACGCACGCUCAUCAUUAAUAUCCCGACGGGGAAACCAGCGCUUGCUCGCUGAAUUCAUUCGCAAAUGCCCGGCCGUGGCGUGAAAAGGAAAAUUACCAGAGAGGGGAAGAACGUGGUGCCGCCACCCGGUAAGAGCGAGCUCUCCGUGGCGGAGAAGUCGGAGCGCAGCGGGGAUCGCACUGGGUGAUUUCUGCUGUCCGCGUUCAGAGGCUGUGCUCAUUGUUGAUGCUGAGUAAUAACGGAUACACCGAUGAGGUUAUAGGUUACACUUACUGUGGCCUAUCCACUGUUUAUUUCUUGUCGGGCUGCGGAUCUCGUUGUAAGGUAUCAAUCACCAUUGCAAGCUCAUGCUCAUAAAAAUCUAAGCAAACUGCCCCCCUCACGCACGGUGACGGCACAGGUUGCGACCGUGCAAUUAGGAGAGGAUGUUUAUGUGAAGUGCGCUUUUCCACCUUAAGGCAGCCUUCACUGCUAUCAGGUCUCGAUGUGAUGUCUGCGUGGCGAUCAACAGCGCACCUUUGAACUCACGCAGCUCAAAUGUUGAGACAGAAAUCACAAGUGCUGGAAGGAGCCCUCACGACCGGACGGGAAAUGAAGCGAAACGAGAGGAGUCUUUGUUGUAACUGUAGCGAUUGUGUAGAGGUUAAAUAACGCCAGAAGGUCACUAAACUCAGCGCAAGUGCAACAGGGGUGGCUACUUUAAUUCUCCACUGGAUUAUUAUGAGACUGCCAGCCUUUAGUCUGUCUGACAGAGACAGCCUGCUUCAGUGAACCCGUGAGGCUGCUGGAGCAGCAGGGGGUGAUGGUGUGAGGUCCGCGGUGCUCUGAAUGGGAGAGGUGCAUGCCGGAUAAUAAAGGAGAACCGGCGAGUGAGAGAUCUGGCAAAUUUGGAGGACAGACACGAGGGGGCGGCGGGACACUCCGCCUCAGAUUAUUUCCAUGGACGCGCCCGGACGGUGCGUAUGUUUGCGCCGUGCCAACCUUGUAACUUAAUUAUAUCAUAGGGUUCGUAAACCGAGAGCGGGCUUGUCCUGCAAGGAGGAGAAGUUGGUGUUUAGAGCCUGUACAGCUGGUGUCAGCGGCGGACUGAACUGUAGCAGGACGUUCAACAGUUCAGGGCUCAACUGAUUGCGCUUCAGGGGGAUCGGAGAGUCUGAACCCCGAUGCCCAGAAGUGGAUGAACCUGCCGCCGCCGCCGCCGCCUGCUGCGGAUCUCAGUAUCCUCCUGUGACAGGAGGGGCCCUCCGGACAGGAGUCGCGCCAGGCACCAUGAGGCAGCAAGGUUGGUCUUUGAACACGGAGAAAUCACACUUCAUCACACUCAACCAGGCUGGCCAGUGGAAGAAAUGCACUCAGAAGCAGCAGUGUGUGCCACUGCAGAGACGGGCUAAUACACACAUCUGAGCGUACAGUGGAGAGCAAAUGGGGAAGGCAGAAAGACACUGAGAGAAGGGGAGACAGUAACACAGAUUGCGUCAUCCUAAAUGGCAAAGUGGACUGGGCCACACUCAGAGGCAGUGAUGCCCUUGUUAACACAUUGUCCUCCGUUAGAAGCUCCUUGUUAGAAAUCACAAAUCAGCUCUCCCCACCUCCCCACCCUCCACCCCUGUGAGGCGACGGAGCUGAGGGGCAGAGGAGAAGAAACACAGAGGACAAGAGCAAGAGAGAGAGAGAGAGAGACAGAGCGGAAAAAGGAGACUGUGACGGGCCCCCAUGCAGGCGCGUAAGAAGUAUGUUCUGCUGGGCUUGUGUGCGUGCUGCUGGCUGGUGUUCUUUUACUGGGGUGGAGGAGUCCAGCUACGUCUGCUCCGGCUGCUGACAAGGCAGCGGAGUGAAGUGGUACGCCCCUGGCCCAACUGGACCGACCGGGCCUUCCUGCCCCGCUAUGCCCACCUGGAUGAGCUCCAGACAGACCCUGGGACGGCUGAGUCGCCCCGCCAGCGGCGUCAGGCGUGGUCUGCCAUUUAUAAGGACAGUCGCUGCCGCAUGGAGACCUGUUUUGACUUCUCACGGUGUCGCCGCAGAGGAAGGGAAGGUUUCAGAGUGUAUAUAUAUCCAUCAGAGAAAAAUGAUCGUGUGUCAGAAAGCUACAGGAAGAUCCUGACGUCUAUAGGUGAGUCACGGUACUACACGUCAGACCCCCGUGAAGCGUGUCUGUUUGUGCUCGGGAUAGACACCUUAGAUCGGGACCAGUUAUCAGGGCAGUUUGUGCCCAACGUGGAUGAACGCAUCCGUGGUUACCCGCUGUGGAAUGACGGGCGGAACCACCUGAUCUUCAACCUGUACUCAGGCACUUGGCCAAACUACACAGAGGACCUGGGCUUCAACAUUGGCCAGGCCAUCUUAGCCAAAGCCAGCCUCAACACAGAACAUUUCAGACCAGGCUUUGACGUCUCCAUCCCGCUGUUCUCAAAGGAUCACCCACAGAAGGGUGGAGAGCGGGGCUGGCUGGUGAGGAACGCCACACCGCCACGAAGAAAGUACCUGCUGAUGUUCAAAGGGAAGCGUUACCUGACAGGCAUUGGCUCAGACACCAGAAACGCACUUCAUCACAUCCACAAUGGGAAGGACAUUGUGUCUCUGACAACGUGUCGCCACGGGAAGGACUGGGAGAAACACAAAGACGCCCGCUGUGACCAUGACAACCUGGAAUAUGAGAGGUUUGACUACCAGGAGCUCCUGCACAACUCCACGUUCUGUUUGGUGCCUCGAGGUCGACGGCUGGGCUCCUUUCGCUUCCUAGAGUCGCUACAGGCGGCGUGUAUUCCAGUCCUGCUGAGUAACGGCUGGGAACUGCCGUUCUCUGAUGUCAUACAGUGGAACCAGGCGGUCAUUGAGGGAGAUGAGAGAUUACUACUACAGGUGCCAUCCACAGUGAGAGCAGUAGGAAAUGAGCGAGUCCUGGCACUCAGACAGAGGACACAGAUGUUGUGGGAAGCCUACUUUUCCUCUGUGGACAAAAUAGUCCUCACCACACUAGAGAUCAUUAAGGACCGCGUGUUUUCUCACAUAUCGAGGAACAAAUACAUGUGGAAUUCUCUGCCAGGAGGUCUGCUGGUCCUGCCGGAAUAUUCCACUCACCUCGCACAUUUCCCCUUCUACUACCUGGGAUUAGGGGUCAGUCCGGGUCAAGAGUUCACCGCUGUCAUCCAUGCCGUCUCCCCACUGGUCUCCCAGUCUCAGCCGAUCAUGAAGCUGCUUCAGGUGGUCUCCAGGUCAAAAUACUGUUCACAGAUCAUCAUUCUCUGGAACAGCGAGAAGCCGCCGCCCAGCCGGAGCAAAUGGCCCCCGAUGCCCGUGCCCCUCACUGUGACAGACGGCAGGAGGAAGACCACCAGUCGGUUUCUACCUCAUGUUGCCAUAGAGACAGAAGCAGUGCUGAGUCUGGAUGAGGACACAGUUCUUCUGACCAGUGAGGUGAACUUUGCCUUCUUGGUGUGGCGGAGCUUCCCCGAGCGGAUCGUGGGCUACCCUCCCAGGAGCCACUUCUGGGAUCCCCUGAAGCGUGCCUGGGGCUACACCUCAAAAUGGACCAACGACUACUCCAUUGUCCUGACUGGAGCUGCCUUCUAUCACAGGUACUACCACUACCUGUUCUCCCACUACCUACCCCAGUCUCUGCGGACUCUGGUGGAUCGCACCUCCAACUGUGAGGACAUCCUAAUGAACUUCCUGGUCUCUGCUGUAACCCACCUUCCACCAAUCAAAGUGGCCCAAAGGAAACAGUACAAAGAGUUGCCCAGUCCACAGGGUGCAAAGAGCGUCCCCUGGGCCAACCCGGAGCACUUCAACCAGCGGCAGGAGUGCAUCAACACCUUCGCCAACUGGUUUGGAUACAUGCCCCUGGUCCACUCGCAGUUUCGCCUGGACCCUGUGCUCUUCAAAGAUCAAGUGUCUGUUUUGCGCAAGAAGUACAAAGACCUGGAGAGAGCAUGAAAAUGAUGAAGCAAAUGGACAGAAAGGCUGGGGAGCAGCAUGAAGGUCAGGUUUAGUGGCCUUUGGGACAAACUGACCAAUCAGUGAUGGACAGUCAAGAUGAGAUACUCAAGACUGUGUGAGAUGUGGGCAUAGUGGCAGUGUGGUCCAUUUGUGAUUCUCCUCCCUCCAUGAGUCUGCUUAGACAACAGAGGAGGAUGUUUACGGGCCUUGAAAGAGUCCCUAUGAUUGGGCCUCUUUCUGUAAAAGGACAAUCUCUAUUGGACAGCAAAAAAAGGAACGUGUGGACACUUCAGAUCUCAGUGCUGUUGCUGUGACAGUAAGAAUGGAAUGGCUAUCUCAUGCCAGAAGCACCCAAGGGACUGGUGCCAUGCGCUCCAGCUGUCGAUGUGUGUCUCAGCGUUACUGUGCAGGGAGAGUUGCCAUGGAAACCGAUCACUUCACAUCAAAAUGCUAACUGUAAACCCAAUAAAAUGAUUUAUAAAUGCAAA